AUGGCCGCCCAGGCACGAGACGUGCUGAACCACUACAACAUAUCCAAUCCGUUCCCGACAGAAUGGCCCACCGAGCUGGAUAGCGAUAACGAGGACGCGGACGCCCCCGGGGUUAGGCGAUCGCGCUCCCGCUAUUCCGCCUUGGAAAGGACCGCUAGUGAGCGGAAGAGCCUUCUCCCUGGAUCCCAGAGGACACCCGAGGGAAGAGCAAACAUAGCCCAGAAAGAUGAACCAGACCCUUUGGGUGCUCCUUCAAGCGUGGUGACCCGUUUAGCAAAUCUUGGCCAUGCGGUCGAAAGCGAUCCCCGGACGAGAAACCAAUUCAUGCUCUCUUCAAUAACCUUUUCUGCCAAAAUGUUUCUGGCGACGGCCCAUUCCGAGGACACCACAGAAGAUCUCAUACAAGGAUCCAAAUAUCUCGCAAGGUCUAUUGACCAGCAGUCCGCGCCACUCAAAGCCCUGGUGGAGACCAACUUUGAGCGCUUCGUCCGAGCCAAAGCUACUAUUGACAAUGUCUAUACGGAGAUGCGGAAUCAGGGAAUCGAUGCUAAUGCUAAUGCUCCCCCCUCUCCGCGCCACUCUCGUCGAAUCAGUGGCAUUCACUUCCGAAAUGUCAGCGGCGGCAGUGCCACUGGAGUAGCACCCCAACGUCCGAGUAAGAAUGCUUUACGCAAAGAAACAGACUACGGCGUGCAAGGGAUGAAAAGCUCGCUGUCAGAGGUCAGCCAAAAGGCCGAGGAUGUCUGGGGACCGGCAUUAGGAGGAAAAGAACGAGAAGCCAAAUUAAAAGUGAUGUUAAACGGGUUGGAGAAAGACCGGGCAAUCUUCGAGCUGGGUUCAAGUUUGAGCGAAGCUAUCAAUCAGAGAGAUUACGACAAAGUUGUGGAAUUAUACAACGCUGCUCGUCGAUAUGCUGCUGAGGCACGUGCCUUAGGUGAAGAUGCGAGGCAAACUGGCCGGGGUCUUUCAGAUGAUGAAGUCUAUCGGGUUAUCGUCGUGGGAAAAAUGUGGUCAAAUGCAGAUGAGCAAAUAAAGGCACUAAAACGAGACAUUUGGCGAAGACUUUCCACCACUUCGGCCACUCUUCCGCUUCCUGGGGCCUCGCAGGCAGAAGAGCACAUGGAGCUGAUCGCCGUUUUGUUACAUCUGGGUGUGGAGGAGAGUCCAAUCUGGGUAUAUCUACUGAGUAGGUAUGACUUCUUGAAGAACAAGAUUGCUGCUGUUGUGGAGAGAUCCAAGAUUGAAAUCGAGAUCUUACGCCGCCGACUGGCAGUUGGGGAACGUCCGUCCUCCCAAACCGUUGCGUCGUUCUUACGGCAGGCCUCCAAAGAGCGCCCCGAAGCUCUUGAUACCGAAGAUGUCGUCGAUUUCUGGAACUGCAUCUUGGCCUACUUCACCAAAUUGCUCUCUUUGUCAAGCGGGCUACUGGGAGAGGUCGUCGACUUUUGGGAGUCAGCACAGUCGUUUAUCAGUGGCAGCAAACAGAAGACUUUACCCACGGGCUAUGAGGGUGAGAGCAGUAAACACCUCCAGCUGUCCGAGGCGGAUGCCAAUGGGUUGCGAAGCGGUGCUACUGAACUGGUCGGCCAGCUGAGGGAUGCUGUCUUUUCUCUUUUUGCGGAUCCGCCCACCGAAGAUAUCUCUUCGUUAUUCUCGCCAGCACCGGGAUCCGCGGGUACACCAACUACUCCUCACAUGGGAGCUGCCUUUUCGCCCACCGACGGCCGAAUAGGCAAACUUGAUCCCAAUGACCUACCCGCAGCAGCAGCAAAGAAAGGUGAACCAUGGGAAGAUUAUGCAUUCUGGCCACCCCACUCUAACUCGCUGAGUGCCGUGCACUAUCUUCAGAAAAUCCUCACCCUGGUCGGAGUCGCUGCUGGCGAAAUGGUGGCUCUAGAAACAGUCAGCAACAACAAUGCAAUGUAUGAAAAGAUCAAGACCAUGAUCGCAGGGGCCCGGGAACGAAGCAUGCGAGCUGUUUGUGAGGCAUGGAGCAAGGAUGCUGAAAGCUGCAAGUCAAUGGAAGAUUGGGUGCGGUCGCCAGAAAAACGUGAUCAAACUCGCAUGCCGAUGUACAUUGAAGCCUUUGAGAGAAAGGUGUUGCAGGGUAUGCAACAAGUGUUGUACCUCUCCGACACGACACCCAAGUCUGGAGGGCGCGACAUAAUCACUCCCCCUCCAUCGAAGCUGUUGCAAAUGGUGCGGACUCAGUUCGUGAGCAGCAUUUACAAAGCAGUCAGCGGCAUGCUCGAAAACACGGAGGCUUUGAAACAAGGAGACGAAGAUGACUGGGUCUUGGUGACGAGCCUUAGCUCGAUUGCCGUUGGUGCCGCCCCGAGCGAAACGCUGGUGAAAGAUGCCAUCAACGCCUCAAGCCGCAACGUGCGCAUGCUAUUGACUAUGUCGAACCUGAAGGCCCUGCGGAAUGAGUAUGUACCAGCACUUAUCCAAGUUUUUGAGUCUUCGUUCUCGGUAAAGCUAGCGGAAGAGUCCAAGACGAUCAAGGACGUCUUUGGUCAAAUCGACGCCAAACUGUUCCAGGCAUACACCCGACCCAUGGUUGUGAACUUGACUCAGAUCAUCAAGGAGGGUAUCAACUCUCCAAACUGGGUGCCGGCAACGGCGAAACCAGAUCAAGUCAGACCGUACGUCUACGCUGCGCUGAUGAGACUAGUGAUGGUCCACACGGAAGUUUCGACGACUGUGCCGAGCACCACAGGGACCAACAGCCCACUCCUGGGCGAGAUCUUAUCCUAUAUGCUCGAAAACAUCUCUCAAGCUCUCCUUGAUGGGUUCAAAGAGCGUAGACCGAAUACAUACAGCCUCCCAGCACUGAUGCAAGCGACCCUUGACACGGAAUUCAUUGCGCAGACAAUGACGCACUAUUCGACUACGAGGGCAGGGGAAAUCCAGGGCCAGAUAUAUACGGAGUUAGACAAGAGGACGACGAACGAGGCGAGGACGAGAUUACAGCAGGAAUUGGGCGAUAUGCGGAUCGUGUUGAAGAAGCUGAGGGAAGGCAGUCGAAAUAGCUUUGGGUGUUUCAAGAAACCGAGGAGUAGUGACAAGGAGAAGGGCAGGCCGUUGGUGACGGCGCCAGCCUAG